CUUCACCAACGCCCAAAUUUGUAAACUUUUGGCAAGGAUUUCUUGAAUCAUGAAUGUGAUUUUUGAUCUUUCAUAGGAAGAGCUGUGGAUGCGAAUAGUGGGCGAAAAUAAGAAGAAUACCAUCGUUUGCAAUCUUACGAGUAAGUGAAUAACCUCAUUGCCAAUUUAUCUAUAUUCAUCUACCCCACCCCAUAUUCAUACCCUGCAUUGUUACACGAUAAUAGCUCAAUUAUGUGGCGUGUUUGUCUACAGAGUACUUAUCAUGCACUGCAUUGGGUCUCUUCAUACACUACAACUACAAUCUUACAAUUUGGCUUCGAAUAAAUCGAAAUAUAUCUUCUGAAUCGAAUUAUUGAUAACUAAAUCGAGUUUGAAGCCAUAUAGAACAAUGGAUUCCCAAUCUUCUACUCCUUCGACUACUUCUUCGACUACUCCAGUCUCAUACCCAAUUAUCGACUCCCACAUCCACCUCUUCCCCGAAAGCGAAAUCGAUACUCUUGCCUGGAGUACCCCCUCAAAUCCUCUAUACAAACAACAUUCUCUCGAUGAAUACACCGCUGCCACAUCAUCUGCUCCUUCACUUGAAGGAUUUAUAUUUCUCGAAACAGACCGUAAGAAUGAUUUGAAAAGCGGGGAAGAAGAUGGUUCGGGUUGGGAAAUGCCACUUAAGGAAGUUUCAUGGCUGAAACGAAUAGCUUUGGGUCAACCUCGAGAAGGUGAAGGACAUACUGCGGAACAUGCGAAGCUUUGUAAGGCUAUUGUACCAUGGGCCCCCGUACCGAGUGGGGAGAAGGUGUUGGAGAGAUAUGUUAGGGAGGUUGAGAGGGAGGCGGAAGGGAGCUGGAAGUUGGUGAAGGGGUUUAGAUAUUUGGUGCAGGAUAAGGAGAGGGGGACUAUGAUCGAGGAGAAAUUUAUAGAAGGGUUGAAGUGGUUAGGGAAGAAUGGGUUUGUGUUUGAUUUAGGGGUCGAUUUACAUUCUGGUGGGAGAUGGCAAUUGGAAGAAGCGGUGCAGAUGAUGGAGAAGGCUCAUGAGGGAGUGGACGACAAAGAAAAAGUUAGGGUUAUUAUUAGUGAGUUUUCCUUCAUUAAUUCUCUCGUCACAUUUUCAUCUUGUGUAACAAUGCUAACAACAUUCCUUAACUAGAUCAUCUCUGCAAACCCGACUUCUCAAUCUACAACACCCAAACUGAUCCAUCUUUCCUCGCUUGGCGCACUGCCAUGUUCAAACUCAGCAAAUACAGUCAUACAUAUAUGAAACUCAGCGGAUGUUUUUCAGAAAUGCCAGAUGCUUUGAAGAAGGGUCCCAUAGAUGAUAUUGUUAUGGCACUACAACCAUAUUUAGCAGUGGUUUUUGCUACAUUCGGACCUUUUAGGACAAUGUUUGGAUCUGAUUGGCCGGUAUGUACAGUUGGGGUUGAGGGGGCUUGGGAGAAAUGGAGGGAUGUGGUCAUGAGGUUUUGCUAUCUGGCUAGUUUGAGUAGGGAAAAUCAGGUUAUGAUUUGGAGUGGCACAGCGAUUAAAGCGUAUAAUAUUGGAGAGUGAUUUUGAGGAUGGGAGAGGUGAAAUAGAUGGGGUGUCUGGGAAAGAGGGAAGGAGUAGAAGAUAGUACUUUGAGUAUUGUCUCAGCGGCUCUAUAUUUAGAUAUGUUGAUUCUUCAAAGAGAGUUUGGAAAUUUGGGGAAGAGGACAGAUCAUAAGUGAGGAUCAUUCAAUCAAGUAUCCACCUUCUUGCUGCGAAAAUACUAUACAUACAUAUACUCAACAUCGAAAG